AUGACGUCACAGUAUUUUAGUGCACCGGGUGGUGGUGGUGGUGCUGCACCGGGGACGGUAUCUGCGUACUUCGCAGCACCAGGAGCAAGACCCAGUGGUGGUGGAGGUGGUGGUAUCGGUAUUGGAGGCGGAGGUGCUGGUGGUACAACGUCCGCUUAUUUUGCUGCACCAGGAACACCGGGAGGUGGGGGUGGAUGUGUUUCGGCGUAUUUCUCGCCAACUGCACCUGGAGGUGUGGGAGGAGGAGGCGCAGGCUUACCCACAGUUGGCGCCAUGGAUCCUACAAAAACAGCUAUUGGCGCUGUGGAUCCAACAAAAACUGCUAUCGGUGCUGUGGAUCCUGCUAAAACUGCUAUUGGUGCUGUGGAUCCUACUAGAACUGCUAUUGGUGCUGUGGAUCCAAUGAAAACUGCUAUCGGCGCUGUGGAUCCCACUCGAACUGCUAUUGGAGUCGUGGAUCCAACGAAAACCGCGAUUGGAGCUAUUGAUCCUAUGAAAACUGCUAUUGGUGCUGUGGAUCCCACUCGAACUGCUAUUGGUGCUGUAGAUCCAAUGAAAACUGCUAUUGGCGCUGUGGAUCCUACUAGAACUGCUAUUGGCGCUGUAGAUCCAAUGAAAACUGCCAUCGGUGCUGUAGAUCCCACUCGAACUGCCAUUGGCGCAGUGGAUCCCACCAGAACAGCUAUUGGUGCGGUAGACCCGACAAAAACUGCUAUCGGAUCUCCGACUGGAGAUUUCACAAGAACAGCUAUCGGAGCGCCAGCUGACUUAACAAAGACUGCCAUUGGAGCCGCGCCAGCACCUGCAGGAUCAGGAGGAUACUUGCCAACAGCGCCGGGUGGAGGUGGAGCUACGUCCGCUUACUUUGGUGUUGGUGGAGCAGGUGGUGGUGGUGGCUACACCUCCGCCUAUUUCGGUGUUGGUGGUGGCGGCGGCGGUGCUAAGCCAAUUGGUGGUGGUGGUGGUGGCGGCGGUGCUGCGAGUCCAGGCGUAUCGGCAUACUUUGCACCAUCGGGCGGUGGAGCCGGCAGUGCACCAGGAGCGACUUCAGCCUAUUUCUCUGUCCGAUAAAGCAAUUACCAAAUGUUACACAGGGGAAUUUAGAUUUGUACAUGCUGC